AUGAAUAAUCUUCCUUUUUCCUCGGCCAAUGCGGAAGGUAAAGAGCUCUCGCUGGAUGACUAUGAUAGGAUUCGAACGCCGCAUAAGUCGUUGGCCGAUAACACCGAGCUUCGAUUAAGAGCAGGAACGCUGUCAACUGAGCUGAGUUGUCCGAUCUGCCUCGACUUGUUGACGCAAACUAUGACAACUAAAGAGUGCCUUCACCGUUUCUGUGCCGAGUGCAUAACUACGGCACUGUUCCGUGGGAAUAAAGAGUGCCCAACUUGUCGGAAGAAACUGGUCUCGAAACGUUCAUUGAGGCCUGAUCCUAACUUCGAUUCUCUCAUUGCUAAGAUCUGGCCUGACCGCAAAACCUACGAUGAACUGCAAUCUGUAGCAUCGGAAAAAUUUGCAGCACAAACGAAUAUGGAUGCCCUUAGGAGCUCUAUUGAAGAGGGGAUCAAAGCACAGGAGGUGAAUAGGCGCAAGCGUGUGCAGGGCUCUUACGAAUGCGAAAAACGUAAGAAAAGAAGGGAAGAGGAUGGCGCUCCAAAUGGUCCUGACGAUGGAGCAGAUAAUGACUCGAAUUCUCCAACCGAUGAAGAUGGAGAUGCUGCGGCUCCAGUGGCUUGGUCUGGAAAUAAUAUUCCUGCCCCUGGUCUAUCUAAUGAUUUCUUAGAAGAGGAAGAGAUCAUCGAUGAACUGGAUCUGUUGACAGAAGUGCAGAUGGGAUAUGAUUCUGCAGCGUACGCCUACGAAAAGACGGAGGAGGAAUUGCAAGCAGAAUAUGAAGAAUUGGACGAAGUUGAAGUGGAGAUUGAGAACGAAGAUAUCGAGCAAGAAUAUAAAAGUGAUGACGAAAGUGAUUCUUCAUCGUCAACAUAUAGCAGUUCUGGCGCAUCUUCACUGGUUUCUUCUACACCCUCAUCAUCUUUAUCUGUCUCCGACUGUAGUGGCGAUCCACCUCCACCUGCAGCUUUUGUGAAUGGUAGUCCCAGUGAUACCCCGCUAAUAGAGGUCAGUCGCAGGUUUCCGAAGAGUGCAACUCCACCUAUGGUAAUGCAAACUAGUGAAGACAUAGGACAAACCACGAACACAAAUGCAACUAUGUCCGAUAUGUCGCCAUUAACAAGCGGUUCGCAGCAGAGCACAAGUGCCCACGGAGUUCAGCCACCAGUUAGCGUUCUCCACCCUAAAGAACGACUAAAUCAGUGGUUAGACGAGAAUCCUUCUUCACCACACAUUCCAGAAGAGAACAUGAAUGAUCCUCUUCAAAGAAGGACAGAUGAUUCCGAUAUGUACGAUCCUCCUCUGUCAGGCGCGGACGAGAUAGAAGCAGAACUCCUUCCAUCUGCUGCCUUGCUGCGUCGUCAAUGUCCCGCCGAACUCAUGGUUCCCCGCUACAUCAGGACGAAGCAUGACACCACUAUGGAACAUCUUGCGGAAUUCAUACAUCUUCGAGUGAUGGAAGAGGUUCAGUCAAACCAGAGCGAUUUCGAUGCGGAUCCGGUACCCACAGUUCCGCGUCCUCAACAUUUCUACGUUUUUAGCCGUAAUGACGGACAUCAUAUUCGCAAAAUUUUUCUGCAUGAGACUAUGCUAACAGCGCAAAGCGCUAUGACCAGAGAUGAUCAUUUGAUAAUUUUCUUUGACACCGAACCACCUCAACUACGUGAGGAGAAAUCAAGUGUUCUUGAAGACGUUGUACACGCUCAUUUUCUUAGUCUUCCCCAUGUAUGA